AUGUUCAAUAAUUACUAUUUAAUUAUUCUCAGAGAACAAAUCAUUGUUUCAGCCAUUAUAUCUACACAAAUUAUACCAUCUUAUCGAUGUCUAUCUAUUCAUGAAUUAUUUAAUCAAAAUCUUAGUCAUCGACAUCUAUUACGACGCAUUAAAUACUAUCAGAUACCGUGUCAGAAACGGUUUGAUCUCGUUUGCUUCUAUGAUGAUAUUCAUCUAUGUUUAUGUGAUGCUUUUCGACGAAGUAAUUGUUUUGAAUUCGAUCAUAAUAUGACUUAUGAUUGUCGAGGAUAUAAUUUAUGUGAAAAUGGAGUUCAAUGCUUUGAAGAUAGUCGAAAACGUCCAACAUCUGCAGUAUGUGUUUGUCAAGAUUGCUAUUAUGGUUCGAGAUGUCAAUUUUCAACUAAAGGAUCCAUUCUUUCAUUAGAUACUAUAUUUGGAUAUCAAAUUCGUCCUAAUGUUGACAUUACGCGACAAUCAUACGUUGUCAAAAUCGUACUUUUUGUAACUAUGUUCAUAUUCAUAUUAGGUAUCAUAAAUAGUCUUCUCUCAUUUCUAAUUUUUCAAAGAGAAAAUUCUCGAACUGUUGGCUGUGGUAUCUAUUUAUUUGUAUCAUCUAUCACAUCAAUAAUUAUGUUAUGUAUAUUUAUGGUCAAAGUCUGGUUUCUCUUAAUGUUACAAAUUGGUUCAAUAAAAAGUCAUGUAUUUACGUCUCUUCAAUGUAUAUCUAUUGAUUUUCUUCUUCGACUUUUACUCAGCAGUAAUGAUUGGUUUUAUGCUUGGGUCGCUGUUGAACGAGCAGUAAAUAUUUUUCAAGGAAAUACAUUUUAA